AUGGAUGAAAAUAAAUGUCGUUACUCAAAAUAUGAACGUACUAUUGUUUAUAGAGAUAAUAAUAAUAAAGUUAAGAGUUGUCUCACUGAUUUAUCAAGUAUUGGUUUAAAUGAUGUAGAGACACAGUUACAUAAAAAAACUGAUAUAUUAGAUGAUUUUUGGGAACUUUUUAGUAUUAAAAAUAGUGUAGUACACACAGUUUUUUCAGUAACAUUUGGAAUGUUAUUAGGAAUAUUUAUAGUUUUACAUUUUUAA